CGCAAUGUUGAAUUUCGGUAUAACGAAAGUACCACGCAAAAGUUCAAAGUAAAACGAGCGUUUAAAGUUUGUUAGUUUGUUGAAUUGAACGUUAAUUAAUUAAUUAAAAACUACUGUGAAUUGUGAAAUAUAAUACAAAGUGAAGAUGUUGGCCGCAUUAAAAGCGUACGGGAAGAAUUCAGAUAGUUCGGCCUCAGAUUCUUCUGACGGUGAGUCUGAAGCUGCUGUUGCAUCGGAAAAGAAAGUUGAAGAAGAACUUCCAGACUAUUUAAAACCAAUUGAUCCUGAGCGUUCACUUGCGAGCCGGAUGCAGAUUGUGGCGGCACCGGAUGUCAUUGUUAAUAGCAGCCUGGAUCGCAGACGACAUCUUGAUCCUUUGGCCAAAGAACUUACGUAUAAUCCAAAAUACGAAGAACUGUUUGCGCCAGUAAAGGGACCAGAACAUCCCUUCAAGACAAACCAACAAAAGGCACACAAGAACACACUAUCCGGCUAUGUGGAGAAAGCUCAUAUGAAUGAGUUUAAUUUUGAAAACCAGAGAAGAACUUUCCACAGUUAUGGUUACGCUGUCGAUCCGUCAGUCGAUUUGACCAUGGGCGCAACUCCAAAAGUAGUUGGCGUCGCUCCGGAAAAUGCUUCUGCAGGAGAAUUGAAGACUGUUUUUGAAACUAUCAAAGCACGACCAAAGGAUAAGAGAAAGAGAUUAAGAAAUGACAACCCAGAAGAUGUUGAGGGAUUUUUAGGACCCUGGGGUGCUUUUGAAAAUCAGGAACAUGUUUCGAAACCAACAGAGGAUGAAUCAGCCGAAUUGGAAGCAAUUUUGGCUAAGAGGAAGAAGCGACAGAAGAAUGUGGACGACAAACCGAUGGAGGAAAAGAACAUACUUCACAUCAAGGAUCCUGUGGAUUAUCAAGGAAGGUCAUUUAUGUCUGCUCCUACGGAUGUUGGAGUGAACCUAAAAUCCAAGGAACCUCCAAACAAGUGUUUCAUUCCCAAAAACCUUGUUCAUACUUUUACUGGACAUACGAAGGGGGUUGCAGCAAUCCGAUGGUUACCUCAAACUGCUCAUCUUUUCUUAUCGGCUGGACUCGACGGUCGUGUAAAGUUGUGGGAAGUCUAUGGACAAAGACGUUGUGUUCAAACUUAUAUUGGACAUAAGCAAGCUGUCAGAGAUAUCACAUUUAAUAACGACGGGUCCAGAUUUCUAUCAGCAGCGUAUGACCGGUACAUCAAAUUGUGGGAUACGGAAAAAGGACAGUGCAUUUCUAGAUUCACCAAUAAAAAGAUUGCAUAUUGCGUCAAGUUUAACCCUGAAGAGGAGAAACAACAUCUUUUUGUUGCUGGUACUUCCGAUAAGAAAAUUAUUUGCUGGGACACAAGAAGUGGGGAAGCCGUACAAGAAUACGAUAGACAUUUAGGAGCUGUAAACACAAUUACUUUUGUCGACGACAAUCGUCGAUUUGUGUCGACUUCAGAUGAUAAGUCUCUCCGAGUGUGGGAAUGGGACAUUCCAGUUGACAUGAAGUAUAUCGCCGACCCAACAAUGCACAGUAUGCCUGCCGUAACCCUUAGUCCAAACCAGAAAUGGCUGGCGUGUCAAAGUUUGGACAACAAGGUCGUGAUAUUCACUGCACUAAAUCGUUUCAAACUUCAUCGCAAGAAAACCUUCAAGGGACACAUGGUGGCUGGAUAUGCGUGCCAAUUAGACUUUUCUCCUGAUAUGAGCUACCUGAUUUCUGGAGAUGGGGACGGAAAAGUAUUUGUCUGGGAUUGGAAAACAACUCGCGUCUUUGGAAAGUGGCAAGCUCAUGACAAAGCGUGUAUCGGCGUUUUAUGGCAUCCGCAUGAAACUUCCAAAAUCUUGUCCUGUGGAUGGGACGGUAACAUCAAACUUUGGGACUAGAAAAAAUAUCCCUACUUCAUAUUCGCCUUUGUUUUACAUUUUAACACUUUCACAACUCUCACAAGUUAUUUGUGUUUAAUUUCGAUAUCUAUUUAAAACAACUCUGCUCGUAUUCGUAAUCGAUGACUUAUGAAAUAGUGUCAGAUAUUAUAAAUUGUUAGUUCUGGUUUAUUUAUGUAUAAUUAUAAUUUUUGUAAUUGAUAAGUGUAUUAAAAAUCCAUGCAAAAUGUUA